AUGUCCCUCUUCUUCGCCUGCACAACGACCUGGUUAACUGCCGAGCUUCACGCCGUAAGGAAACAUGGGAGUUUUGCAAAAGGGUUUAGGAGUGAACUUGACGCUGCCAAACACCUGAUAAAAGUCAAGACGGUGGACUUUGGCGGGAGUCCUCGGUUCAAGGAGGAUGGGACCGAGUAUGUACCUGUCCCAAAUGUUGGCGAGGCUCAUCAUGAGGCGUACGUCGGCACGCCGAGGAGGGAGAUUGAUCAUAAUUGGGCUUUGUUGCAUUGGGGCCGAUUCUUUCUCCUGACGGAACAAGAAGCCAAAAGCGCUUGGGGUGAUGAGUACAAGCAGUUUUGGAGCCCUAAGCAUGGGGGAUAUGUCGUUGCCCUAGAAGUAAUGCACACCCUUCACUGCCUGGACCACAUCCGCAAAGCCUUCUACCCCGACCACUACCCCAUCGACAGCGACAUCCACGGCACCUUCCACCGGGACCACUGUCUCGACCACCUACGGCAAACUGUCUUGUGUAAUGCCGACCUGACGCCCAUCCCGUCGCGGUACUAUAAGGCGCUGGGACAGAACUAUAUCGACUCGGAUCGCCCGCAUACUUGUCGUGAUUUUGGCAGGAUUCGAGAGUGGGUGAGUGAGAGGUUUAAUGGGAGUCUGAAAGUUGAGCCGGCUCCUGGAACGGUGGUGGAGGAUGAGUGGAGGAAUGGAGGGCCGAGCGGGGGAGGUAUGGGGAUGGGGCAUGGGCAUGGACAUGGACAUGGGCAUGUAUAA